CGCAGACAAUGUCCGAGUCCAAGAACGCCCCCCCCUCCCUCCCCGGGUAUGCUUCGUUUUUCGCCGUCAUGGGCGCCUCGGCCGCCAUGGUCUUCAGCUCGCCUCGCGCUGCCUACGGCACGGUCAAGAGCGGUGCCGGCAUCGCGGCUAUGUCUGUCAUGCGGCCAGAGCUGAUCAUAAAGUCCAUCUCCCCAGCGGUCAUGGCUGGCAUCAUCGCCAUCUAUGGCCUGGUGGUGACAGUCCUCAUCGCCAACUCCCCGAAUGACGACAUCAGCCUCUACAGGAGCUGCCUCCAGCUAGGCGCCGGCCGGAGCGUGGGCCUGAGCGGCCUGGCAGCCGGCUUGGCCAUCGACAUCGCGGCGGACGCCGGUGUGCGAGCCACGGCCCAGCAGCCGCGACUAUUCAUGGCCAUGAUCCUGAUCCUCAUCUUCCCCGAGGUGCUCGGCCUCUACGGUCCGGUCGUCGCCCUCAUCCUCUCCACAGAGUAGCCCCUCUCCGAGCCCACCAGCCACAGAAUAUGAUGUAAAAACCACCCCUCCUCAUUCCAGAACGAAGAGCCUGACACACGCACCGAGCCGCGGCCCCCAGUAGUUGAUCUGAUCCAUUCUUCAUUUUUCUCCACCCUGUUCUACACCCUGGGAGCUGAC